AUGAUUCGAAAAAUCGUUCCGCCGCUGCUGGCAGUUUUCUGCGUCUUUGCAAUUUUUACCAGCUCGUAUCUCUAUUUUGGACGCGAGUAUCUGACUUGGCCUUCUACUUCAUAUGAUCCCAUAAGUAUCGGGCAUAAUGAGGCGCAGUCGAGUACCAAUUCAACGUCUUUCAAGACCGAGGCCAAGACCACGAGCGCAGAUGUGCAGUCAGCCACUUCAUCAGUACCUGCACCUACUCCAACCGUAUUAAAUGGCACUAUCCUUUCAGCGGAGCGCAUCUCUCCCUACAUCUCAGCUAUUCUAGAUCCAACAGAUACUACGCUACCAAGAUUGACAUGCCCUGUUCUUAACACUCAACGUUACAAAGAACUACAAAAACAUGAGAACCAGGAGUCUAAGACAGACUAUUUCUUUGCCCUCAACCUACGCAACUGCAAGGAUAUCCUUCCUCAACUUCUGGGCAGUAUCAUUGAGGUAGCCCGAUACUUAGGUGCUAAUAGAUCGGCCUUAAGUAUCGUCGAAGGCAACAGUUUUGACGGUUCAGCUGAUAUACUAUCAGCACUUGAUCCAUUCCUCAAGGACUUGGGCUUGGUAUAUUUUUAUAACAACUCAAAAAUUGACCCUUCAAAAAACGCGCGUAUCAAGAAACUCGCUCAACUGCGAAAUUUGGCUCUGGAACCGUUGGUCAAGAAUCGGGUGUCAGCUUCACCCCAGACAACUAUCCUCUUCCUCAACGAUGUUGCCCCUUGCCCGGAGGACAUUCUCGAACUCGCUCUCCAACGGAAACGCCUCAAGGCUGACCAGGCCUGUGGAAUGGAUUGGACCUACGCUGGAGAGCACCCGACCUUCUACGAUGUCUGGGUGGCUCGUACGAUUACAGGGGGUUCAUUUUUUGAUGUAGGUUCUGAUGGAUCUUGGGACGAAGCUUGGGAUCUUUUUCGAAAUGAUGCAGCGACUCGCGAGAGAUUCGAGAAUAAGAAACCAUUCCAAGUCUUUGCUUGUUGGAAUGGAGCGACCGCAAUCAAUGCAGCUCCGUUUUUGAAUGGACUUAGAUUCAGAGAAAGCCACCCUAAAGAAUGCUUCCAAGGAGAACCCACGCUGCUGUCAAAGGAUCUCUGGCAUAGGGGCUUUGGUAAAAUUGCUGUCAUUCCCAGUGUCAAUCUCGAAUACUCGAUAGAGCAAGCCGCCAAGAUAAAACAACUCAAAGGAUAUGUGUCGGAUAUAGUUGGCAACGAGGAUGACGAUGCCAUUGAGUGGAAGAAUUCACCUCCCGAAAAUGUAAAGUGUAUGCCGACUUGGGAAACACAAAGCUGGAGGCCAUGGGACGAGACGUUGUAA